AUGACAGGGUUUGGGGCUGUGACAACGGCACGGCUGCCACAGCAGGCAAAUGAGAAGGGGAAAGAAAACGCCGCCCCAAGCGGCAGGGCCGCGCCUUCCCUGCCCGCCGCGGGUUUGUUUACGCCAGCGCUCGGCCGGGGCCCCGCGGGCGGCGCGGGCCGCCUCCGGGCUGUGCGGGCCCCGCGGGCGCCGCUGUCCCGCGCCCCGGCCUCGCCGGGCGGGGCGGGCGCCCCUGGGCUGGGCGCAGCCCGGCGGGAGCGCCCGGGGCCGCGCCCGCUCCCGGAAGCCGGCCGGGCCGCACCAGCGGGCGCCCCCCGCGCGCGGCGCCUUCGCGCCGGCCGGCGCCCGCACCGCACCCGCCGCCGAGGCGCCCCGCCGCGGCUCGGACCACGGACGGUGACCUUGGGCGACGCGCGGGGCCGCGGGUGGACGGGCCCCGCUCCGGCUCCGGCCCGGCCCCGCGGGAGGCGAGCGGAGCCCCGCGGCCGGCCGGCCCCGCAGCGCCGCCCGCGCCCCACCGCGGGAAACUUCCCGGCGCCCCGGAGCCCCGCCGCCGCCGCCGCGCUCGCCGGGCGGGCGGCACGUGACCCGGCCCGCCGCCCUGACUCAGGCCGCGGCGGCCUCGCCCACCGCGGGCCGGGCGGGUGGGGCCGGGCCCGGCGCGGGGGCGCUCCGGGGGCCGGGGGCGCGGCGGCCCGGCGGCUCGGCCCGGCCCGGGGGGAGGCCCGGCCCGCGGGACGCCAGGCCCGGGCCCGCGGGGGGGAGGCCGCCGGCCCGGGCCGCUACUCACCGCGGCGCGGCGCGGGCUCCGCGAGGAGACGCGACGGAGGGCGGGCGGAGAGCGCUGCGCUGCGCUGCGGCGGUCGGUCGGUCGGUCGGCCUGCGGUCGGCCCUGCGUCUGCCAGCCCCCGACGCCGCCGCCGCCUCGGGCUUUAUGGCCAAGGCUCGGUCUCCGCUCCCACUUCCGCCACCGCCGCCGCCCCGAGCGGAAGUGCCCGUCACGAGACGCCCGACGCCGGAGGAGGCGAGCCCCGCCCCGGCCGCGCUCACGUCACGUUACGUCACGUCACGUCCCGGCCGCGCGCACUCGGCCGCCGUACGAACGCAAAGUUGGCGACCGGCGGCGCCCUGUGGAGUCGGACCCGCUCCUCCGCCCGCCCCCCCGGGCCCACGCCUCGGAACAGCGGAGGCUGGCCCAGCACCGAGCCCCGGCCUGGGAGGGGGGCCCGCGGCCUGGGCCGGAGCUCCAGGCGCGGGGCGCGCCGCCGCCACGCAGGGCCCGCGCCCGCGCCCGGGGCGCCGAGGAGAGCGCGCGCCGCCACGCAGGGCCCGCGCCCGCGCCCGCGCCCGGGGCGCCGAGGGGAGCGCGCGCCGCCACGCAGGGCCCGCACCCGGGGCGCCGAGGGGAGCGCGCGCCACCACGCAGGGCCCGCGCCCGGGGCGCCGAGGGGAGCGCGCGCCACCACGCAGGGCCCGUGCCCGGGGCGCCGAGGGGAGCGCGCGCCACCACGCGGGGAGCGCGCGCCGCCACGCAGGGCCCGUGCCCGCGCCCGGGGCGCCGAGGGGAGCGCGCACCGCCACGCAGGGCCCGUGCCCGGGCGCCGAGGGGAGCGCGCACCGCCGCCACGCAGGGCCCGCGCCCGGGGCGCCGAGGGGAGCGCGCGCCGCCACGCAGGGCCCGCGCCCGCGCCCCGGGGCGCCGAGGGGAGCGCGCACCGCCACGCAGGGCCCGUGCCCGGGCGCCGAGGGGAGCGCGCACCGCCGCCACGCAGGGCCCGCGCCCGCGCCCGGGGCGCCGAGGGGAGCGCGCGCCGCCACGCAGGGCCCGUACCCGGGCGCCGAGGGGAGCGCGCGCCGCCACACAGGGCCCGCGCCCGCGCCCUGGGGCGCCGAGGGGAGCGCGCGCCGCCACACAGGGCCCGCGCCCGCGCCGCCGAGGGGAGCGCGCGCCGCCACGCAGGGCCCGUGCCCGGGGCGCCGAGGGGAGCGCGCGCCGCCACGCAGGGCCCGCGCCCGCGCCCCGGGGCGCCGAGGGGAGCGCGCGCCGCCACGCAGGGCCCGUGCCCGGGGCGCCGAGGGGAGCGCGCGCCGCCACGCAGGGCCCGUGCCCGGGGCGCCGAGGGGAGCGCGCGCCGCCACGCAGGGCCCGUACCCGGGCGCCGAGGGGAGCGCGCGCCGCCACACAGGGCCCGCGCCCGCGCCGCCGAGGGGAGCGCGCGCCGCCACGCAGGGCCCGUGCCCGCGCCGCCGAGGGGAGCGCGCGCCGCCACGCAGGGCCCGUGCCCGCGCCGCCGAGGGGAGCGCGCGCCGCCACGCAGGGCCCGUGCCCGCGCCGCCGAGGGGAGCGCGCGCCGCCACGCAGGGCCCGUGCCCGCGGCGCCGAGGGGAGCGCGCGCCGACGCGGCCCUCUGGCGGCGGCGCGGCAGUAACGCCGUCUUGACAUGCGGAGAUUCUGCUUCCGGGUCUACUGGGUGGCUUUGGCCACCGGAGAGGCUUAAGUUCUUGUCCGGCUGA